AUGGCGCAAAAGCAGAUAUGGUCUGCAGAAACUAAUCGAGCUCCGUUUGAUCUCCCAGAAGCGGAAGCUGAAUCAGUUGCAGGCUAUAAUGUAGAAUAUGCGCGGGAUGCGAUCCUUAAUAGUCCACUGUUGGCGGAAGCCAAUGUCCCGGGGUCCCGGGGACUCAUUCUGACUGAAACAAGGGGUGGGUCUUUACCAAUUUCUAAAAUAUUCGAUUUAAGGGAAGCCAAAAAGAGCGCCUAG